GAUUAGAAGUUGCUCACUCUUGGCCUGCCUCCCCUAGUUGAUCCCCUUUCCAAAAUUUUCGUUCUUCUUCUCAGCAUCAACAUCAAGCAAGCCAGAAAGGCUGAGAAAGGAAGGGUGCCCUUGUGUUUGUUCUUUUUAUAAUUAUAGUGGACUUUGCUGCGAUAGACUUUCUGCUAGUAGGCAAUCAUGGGGUCAGCUUGUUGUGUUGCUGCAAGGGAGAGAUCUCACCCAAAUAGAACUAGAAAUGAAACAUUGCGCAGGAAUGCUUUAUAUUCACCAUCAUGGAGUUUCCGAUAUGAUAAUCGUAGGCGGGUUGCUGGUGAAAUUGAGACUCCAUAUCGUUCUCGUGGAACUAGUAGGAAUGCUAGCAUGGAGUUUAAAGGGGCAUUGAGUUCUGAAAGAGGCAAUUUUUCUGAUUUGGGAAGUCCACUAGAGAAUUUUGGUACACCUAUAUCCCAAAAGUCCCCUGUUCAUGGUGGAAUUUGUGCAAGUCUGAGGACUCCUUCUUCAGAUCUAUCCAUGAUGAGCAAUUAUUCUCCAGAUGUUAAACAUUUGGCAGAAUCACCGGGAAUUGGAGAUUCAUCUGCACUAAAUCCUUCCCCUACAACUAUUUCGUUCCCAACUACAGAACCUUCUCCUGCCCCCAGCUAUCCGCUUCUCUACAACUCAACCCCAUCAAGACGAGCCCGUCGUUCACCAGGACAUCAGUUACUAAGACAGAUUUCUGACAGUCGAAUAUUGGGUUUGAAAUCUCCAAACAACAACUCAAUAUCUGAAGGAAGACAAUCUUUUGUGCUCUCUACUUGCAGCAAUGACUUGGCAACUGGAUCCCAAGCUGGGUCAUCUGAUGGUUGGUCUAUGCGCACCUUCUCUGAGCUUGUGGCUUCUUCUCAAAGGGAAAGAUGGUCUUUUGACAGUGAGCACUUUGGUUCUAUCCAUGGAAAGCUAAGUGGCUGUAGCAGCAGGUUCUCAUGUUCGCCUUCCAUAGAUAUGCAGUCUUGUGGAGUCUGCUCAAAGCUCCUAACUGAGAGAACUUCAUGGAGCAUACAGAAAAUUGUUGCCAGCAGUGAAAUCUCUGUGGCGGCUGUGUUGGUUUGUGGACAUGUUUACCAUGCUGAGUGCUUGGAGACUAUGACACUGGAGACUGAUAGGUACGACCCGGUUUGCCCAAUUUGUAUGGUUGGAGAGAAGCAAGUCUGGAAGAUGUCACGAAAAGUGAUGAGGUCCGAAUCAGAGAUAAAGGCAAGAAACCACAAGAUAUCCAAAAAUAGAGUUGUUGAUAGCUUCCUGGAGGGUGAAUAUGAUGUUUUUGAUCAUCAGAACACUGAUAGAAAAGGAAAAGUUUUAGCCAAGUUAGAACCCAGUUCUAGUACAAGGAAUUCCUUUACAAAGCCUUUCUUGAAACGGCACUUUUCUCUUGGAUCCAAGUGGAGUAGGUCAAUUUCUGAAAAUGAUUCCGCUAGGAAGAAGGGGUUUUGGGCCAGGUAUCGUAAAGAUUGAGUGCCCCUCACUCCCAGCUUGUAAGAAAUAGAUGCAACUCAUGCAAGCAGCUGUUUAAUUAUAGAUGUUACACCAGCACUUUAGGAUUGUUCUUCUGGAAAAUGUAUACUAGCUUAAGCAAUAAGUCAAGUAUCGCCCCAAAUUUCCUGUUCACCCCUUUUCCCGAUUUUAAUGUCUUAUGGUCAU